GUCGAACACCAUUCCCUGCUUCUUAAGCACAGUGCACAGAACAUCCUAUGACAGAGUUAUUAGGGUAUCAUCGUCAGCCUCUCAAAGCCGCUUACCUGACGGGGCAAGCUCUCCUGACGCUGCUCGUUCGCAUGCCCUUCUGGAUAGUCGCAUCGCUUCCAAGGCCUUGGCGACCACGUACAUCGUGGACCUUCUGGCAGUCUGUCGUCGUAAAAUUUGCGCGCCGCGCCGCGAAAACGAUCGCUAUAGUCGGCGACAUCGACCCGCGGGGAUUGCCCGAUUACGAAGCCAUCGUACCGGGCGAAGGUGUCAAUGGCGUCUGGCUUGACCCCGUGCCCGACCUCAUCGUCGAUGAACUCGAAAUUUGGGCAACCGCUCAAGGAGUUGGACCCGUCCGCAUACCCGGCUACUGGAUGCACGGGCCCGACAGCCAGACGUCCAUUGGCGCCUCGCCGCAGCCUGGCGAGAAGGUCCUCCUUUACCUUCACGGCGGCUAUUACAAAACCUUCUCCGCGCACCCCGGCGACAUCACUGCCGUCAUCCCGCGAAUUUUGCUUGAGCACAGCACACCCAUUCUCCAGCGCGCGCUCUCCGUUGAGUAUCGCCUCUCCUCGCUCGCGCCCUCCCCGGAGCGCCAACCCUUCCCCGCCGCGCUCCUCGACGCGCUCGCGGGGUAUGCCUACCUCGUGAACACCGUCGGUGUUGCGCCGGAGAACAUCAUCGUCGGUGGCGACUCCGCGGGCGGGAAUCUCGCCUACGCGCUCACGCGCUACCUCCUCGAGCAUGGCGGACGGCGCGGGAUCCCUCGACCCCCCGGACACCUUCUGCUGCUGUCGCCCUGGGCAGACCUCGGAAGCGCCAUACGCUUUAAGCCCGACGGGUCCUGGCAAAGAUUCGGCUCCGCGGAGGCCGCAGACAUCCUAGACCCCCGCGUACUCGCAGACCACUGCGCGAGGGCCUUCGCGGGAUCGGUGGGUACCCUCAUGCUCGAGCUCAACCGCUACGUGUCUCCGGCCUCGCUGCACCCCGCGAGGGGGCGGGUGUCCUUCGAGGGAUUUCCAAGGACGUUCAUCAGCGCUGGCGGGUGCGAGAGUCUGCUGGAUGAGAUUCGCAUCUUGCGAGACAGGAUGGUUGCGGACAUGGGGGAGAGUGCCGUCACAUGCCGGGAGGUGCCGGACGCGGUUCACGACUUCCUGAUUGUCCCAGGGUGGCGGGCCGCGUCGAAAGAGACUGCUCGUGUCAUUGCGCAGUGGCUGGCGGCAUGAGCCUGGUGCCAGUGAUGGGGUCUUCAGCGCAGUCUCCACAUACUUCUCUUCAUUUUGUAGCAGUAAGCCCACCGGGUCAACCUUCCAUGAUCGACAGAUCGAUCCGGUGAGCAACACAACGACCCAUUGAAGUCCCGAGCAGCACGCGAAGAGCUACAUCGAAUUCGAAGAUGCGGCGACGCGUUGGUAGGUUUGGAUGCGUGGGUGAACCUGCAUGCCGAGGUGCACUCCGGUGGAUGAUGCAUUGAUCACUUGGAUAGCUUGUAGAAGAAUUCUCUUCGCAAGAGCGUCCGAGACAACUCAGCAUCUUCUCG